UCAGAAACAUAUCAGUGUCUUUUUUUCUCCUUGAAAACAAUCUCUGCUUUCUAAUAACAGAUGUUGAAGAAGCAAAUUGCAGGCCUGCAGGAGGAGUUCAGGAGAAACAAGAUCCACUGGCAAGCUGCCCACAGCAGACUAAGGAGUCAAGUGGAAGCGCUGACCAAACGGAACCUGGAUCUCCAGGAUGAGCUUGGAAUGUCUGAGCAUCAGAAGAUGGAAACCCAGAGAAAACAUGGAGCAGUGGAUAUUAUUAACAGAAGAUCAGAAACACCGCUUUCUGCUGCUAUCUUGAGAGGGACAUCCUCCCAAGAGACUGUAGAAGAGAGACCGUUGCAAGAUAACCACAAGAGUCUCGUUGAUGUCCAUGUGAGAAGGAAAAUAUCAUUUGAUAAUUUGGCUCAUAAUGAUAGGAAUGCCCAGGCCUCACCUCAGUUGACUUCUGAUCAGCAACAAAACCAUGGAAGAAACACACCCAUAUUGAAGUCUAACCAGUGCGUAGACAAGAAUACUGCUCCAUUUUUGUAUGUAAAAGGCAUAUGCUCUUCCACCUCAGGUGCUUCAGAAGAUGCAGUGUUUUCAAACAGCCUAAAUACUGACAUAUUAAACUCCACACCUUUGGAUGAUGUGGAAAUUCAGAUGAUGGAAGAUGUUGGCCAUAAAAGGACUCAGAGGUUCAAGAAGGCCUCUAGGCCAAAGAGUGUCCCUGCAAAUGGAAGGAAAACACCUGAAGGCAAUCUUUCUACAUUUGAGAAGACUGAAAAAAAGGUGAAGCAGCUGUUCACCGAUGGACGCAGAAUUACUACAUACCCCAAUGGUACAAAGAUGGAAAUUAGUACUGAUAAAAAGACAGUGACUGUUACUUUUUACAAUGGCGAUAUUAAAAAGAUCUUAGCAGAUCAGACAGUGAUUUAUUACUAUGGAGAUGCACAGACAAGCAGGACUAUUUAUCCAGAUGGUUUGGAGGUGCUGCAGUUUCCGAAUGAUCAGAUUGAAAAGUAUCAUCCUGAUGGUACUGAAGAGAUCAUCUUUCCGAACCAGACAGUGAAACGUCGCUAUGGUGGAGGUUUUGAGGAAACCAUUUUCCCAGAUGGCACGGUGGUUAAAGUAGAAAAAAAUGGAGAUAAAACCAUUCACUUUCAUAAUGGGCAAAAGGAAAUCCAAACUGCUGGGUCGAAAAGAAGAGAGUACCCUGACGGUACUAUAAGGACUGUAUAUGCUAAUGGCCAGUGGGAAACCAAUAACGUUGCUGAACGGGUCCCAAUGCCGAAUGACAAGGAAGCGCUUAUUCUCAACGAAUGACUCAUUCUCCUAAAUGGAGGCCUUACAACGCUGCUGAGUUGUAAAACCUUGCAGUUUUUUUCCGAAAGCCUUCUACCAGCAUUAAAAUUCAAAAUGUAAGCGAUGCAAAUAGAAUACGGGUUUGCUGUAAAUUAAUGUAAACAGUGACAUAAUCAGCAUUUUUUUAAAAAAAAGAUCUUAUAGUGAUGUUCAAUAUGAAUUUAUUUUUGAAAGAGUGGUGAAAAAAAAAGGUUGCUCCCAUCUGCCUGAAGUGGAAAGGAAUUCUGGAAUCAUGGUGAAAGACUGCAGGCCCCAUUAGCUUUUGUUUGAGCUGUGAGAAGUUGUGAGGAAGA